GCGGGGCACCGACACGUCAUCCACCUAGAGACACCCCAAUUCGCCUGACGUCGCCCACACGCAUCCCGCACGACAGACCAAUUAACCCCGCCAUGCAACCCUCUCAAAAGGCGAUCGAGCGUGAAUUCGAGGCGUUGCGCGACAUCAGACGACGUUCGUCCUCCCAUGGCGGUCCUGGCUCACUCCUUCUUGAUCCAGACUUGCCGGCUGAACAACCGACAACCGCGCCGCCGUUGUCACCCCAGGCUUGGGCGGCAAAGGACAACGCAAAGGCGCCCGCGCUUGGACAGCAGGAUGGGGCGAGCACCAACGACGGUGGCUCCGCCGUCGACGACCCCUUUCAUCUCUUCUGGGUACCCGCGCACCUCCAUCCUGAGCUCGCACCUAGCGAGUUCCGCGCGUUUCUCAAGGAGCAUGCCCACGCGCCUCCCGCUGAUGGUCUGGGCACCGUACAGCUCGGUCGAUCGAGCUCGGCCUCGUCCGAUCUGGGUAGAAAACGAUCUAUGCUUAGUAGACAAUACAAGCCUCGCGAUAAUGAUGGCGUGGAAGAAGAACAUGUCGUGCCUCUGCGGCGGAACAAAAGUAUAUUCGCUCAGGAGGGUCCACAACUUACCAUCAGCGACUUGCAGAAACUUGAGGAACUCGCAGAUGAGGCAUCGAAAAGCGAAGAUCCGACUAAACUGCGCAGAGUACUGCGUAGGAGUAUGACUUUAAACGUUGCGCCAUCCUUUCUUGACCAAAUGGAUGAUGUUCCUGAUACUACAGACGAUGCUGACGCUCCCAUUAUCGUACCUCCACGUAAUCAGAUUCUACGACGAACAGCUCGGACAAAGAUUCGAAAACCAAAUCUAUCGGGAGACGGAGGUGGCCAUCGAUUCCCUGCAUCGCGGCGUAAAUCCGCUGGUCGUGCAAACUCGGUCGAUGUUAUAACAAGUCCGACGGAUGGAUCGUCAAGUGGUCAUGGCGAGAUCGAACCGUCAGUGAUUCCUCCACCGCCAAGACGAAGGAAGACGCUAGAGCCUGAAGAGCCACAAGAUAACAGACGCUUCACUUAUACUGACGAAGCCUCCAUCUUUGAUGCAUACGCAGAAGGACCUGAAGACGAAUCUCCUCAACAAAUUGCUCAGGCCCUUGCUACUCUCCCUGCCCCCGUCGUCGUCGAGACUCCUGUCGUGGCACCUUCUCGACCUUCUAUAUCAGAGCCUCCUAUACAACCUCAAACAGGCCAGCCACAGCCAUCUCCUGAUCCUGUCCUUUAUCAACCACAACCUCAGCGACUACUAUCCCCACAACAGCAGCAGCAAGUUCUCCAACAACCACCAUCGCGAACGCCUUCUCCAGAAGCGACUUCUCCUUCCGCCGAAAUUCAACGUCCCGAAUCUCGUUCUUCUGUCACCUCUGAAGCACCUUCACACCACAGUAUGGCUUCUACAACUACGGACAAACGGAAGGAAAAGGAUAAGAAGAGUCUAUGGAGGAAAGUCGGCGGGAGUAGUGAUAAAAGCUCAAAGAAGAGCCUGAAAGAAAAGGAGAAAGAUAAAGACAAGGAGAAAGAGGGUGGUUUCUUCGGUUCUCUCUUCGGAGGAAGCAAGAAAAAACAGGAGGAGAGUGCACCGAGCUCUCUUGGAGGUGGUGCAGGUCCGGCUACAGCUGCAGCACUUCUGGGCGCAUCCAAGUCGAAUAACAAGGCGUAUUCACCAUCAAUAUCGCCUCAACUUGGGAACCCUUAUGCGCGGUACCCGAUUCACGUCGAGCGUGCAGUAUACAGGCUUAGUCACAUCAAACUUGCAAAUCCACGACGACCUCUGUACGAACAAGUUCUAAUUAGUAAUCUUAUGUUCUGGUACCUCGGUGUUAUCAACAAAUCGAAUCAGGGACCUGGGGCACAGAAUCAGAACCAGCAGCAGCAAGCGCAGAAUCAAGGAGGUGGGGCGCAGAAUACGCAAGGUCAGGGCGGGGGAGGACAACAAGAUAAUGCUCAGGCGCCUCCGCAGACUGGUUCUGAGAAAGAACAUCUGGAGGAGCAGAGGGAACGGGAGGAGCGUGAGAGGGUGGAGAGGGAACGUGUUGAUGCGAGGGAGAAGACGGAGCAACGGCGCGAACCGAGACGGGGAAGUCUGACGAAACCUCCUCCAGGAGGAGGCCCAGCGUCUGGUGGACGACGAGCAGAGAUGGCUGUCAAGGGACCACAGUAUCAUCUACAAAGUCAGGUCAUCGAACAGGAAUAUGGUGGUCCAGCGCCUGUUACCCGGACAUCCUCAGCGCCUCCAUCGAGCAUACCACAAUCACAAGGCUACAAUGGUAGUUACUCACCUCGCGUGCAGUCCAUGCAAGCAUCUCCUAAGCAGCAACAGCAGCCGUCUUCACCGCAGCAGCAACAACAACAACAGAUGUACUCGCAGCCGAACGGGAAUCCGAAUUACUACUAUGGGCGUUCGGCGAGUCUCGAUUUCACGAACUCUCCUCCAUCCGGUUCGUCUUUGAAUAGUAGCUUACCUCCUGGAGCUAUGGCACCGCUCUCGACGAACGACCAGACGUGGCUAUCUUCGUCUCAGGCUGGUCGGAAUCAACAACCUACGUCACCAGUACAUGGAUACUCGCAAAGUACUGACUUUUCGUCGUAUAGCCUCCAAACGCAACAACAACCUCCCCGUCCAUCACGUUCUCCUCCAGGUAACGCUAUAAACUCAAGCUACGACUGGGGUCGAAAUGGGGAGUUACCACCAGGUGCGAAGACGCCGACGCGUUCUCUAUCAGCGAAUGCUGCUUCUGCACCUCCAGUACAAAGUCAGGGACAAUAUCAUGGGCAUUACACACAUCACGCACAUCACGCGCAACCAUAUAACGGUGGGGCGAAUUUUGGUUUGAGUGAAGGAGGGACAGGAGCAGGAGCAGGAGCAGGAGCAGGAGGCUUACGAAAGAAAAUGGCAAGUGCGAGUGCAGUUUCACCUGAGAGAAGACAACGGACAAGUGAUGAUGAGGACGUCCCGCUUGCUAUGUGGCAGGCUCAACGACGGAAAUGAAUGAAUAUCAUUAAUCAAUCAAUCAAUGACACUUCGAGUCACUUCACUUCAAAACAAUUCGCUUCUCUUUGCUUUUGUUUUUUUACUUUUGUUUCGAAAUGGAAAAUCAGGUUUCUUUUUACAUUUUUUCGUUAUUUUUUUAACCCGAGUUGUUGAAGUCUAUCAUAUCAAUGUAGUGGAACCCUUGCAUGCAUGCAUACCUCUAUCCGUCUAGCCGUCUAUCUCUCUAUUACCGUGUCCUAGUUUAUCUCUAUCUCUGUUUACCUCUCUCUCUCCCUCGCACAUCCCUCUCGUUGUUAAUAGCACUCUCUUUCCAUCCCCUAAAGCUCUCGCUACUUUUUCUUUCCUUCUUUAUUAUACUAUUCUUUUUCUUUCUCUUUUAUUUCGAC